GAGAGGUGUGUAUUCCCAGUACAAUGAGCCGGAGCCUGAACUGCUGACAAUCCGCCGUACACAUCCACUGUCAGCAAUGGCCGCCUGUGUGGACGGGGGAGAGGAGAAGCCACCGCAGCAAAGCUAUAAGGACAGAGCGCCCUCUGGUGGUGGCCAGCAGACUAUUGAUGACAUGGAGCUGGAGUGGCAGGACGAGGAGUUCCCCAGACCCCUCCCCGAGGAGACGACGGAAGAGGAAGAUCUGGACUUGGAAGAAGAGGACCUGUCAGCCGGCCCGGCGAGCACCCUGGACCUCUGCGGGAACCGCCAUGUCAGGAGGCGCUUGUCGGCCCCGGACAUCAGCUUCAACCUGGAGAAAAGCCAGGAGUCGGCCACCUCCAGCGAGUUGUGGACCACCAGCACCACCACCACGGACGAGACGCUGGACUUCGACACCGAAGAUCUGGAAACGCCCGACAGCAGCGAAAUGCUCGAAUUUCCCAGCGUGAGCCACGAGUUCGAGUGGGACGAUGACCUGCCGAAGGCGAUAGGGACUAAGGAGGCUUUAUACGUGGAGACCCUGGUGACCGACAUGGAGGACGAGAGCGGGCGGAAGUGGCGUGUUUUCCUCAUGGGGGAGCAUAAGGUGGACAUGACGGCCAUAGAACCGUACAAGAAGAUCGUCUCCCAUGGAGGCUACUAUGGCGACAGUUUAAACGCGAUCAUUGUUUUUGCCACGUGUUACUUGCCGGAAAGCAGUAUUCCUAAUUACCAGUACGUCAUGGACAAUCUGUUCAGGUAUAUCAUCGGGACGCUGGAUUUGAUGGUCGCCGAAGACUACAUGCUCAUCUACCUGAACGGAUGCACUCCGCGGAGCAAAAUCCCGCCCAUCAACUGGAUCAAGCGGUGCUACCGGGCCACCGGGAGGCGGUUAAAGAAAAAUCUGAAGUCGGUGUUGAUCGUCCACCCCACGUGGUACGUGAGGGCCCUGCUGGCCAUAGUGCGGCCCUUCAUCAGUGCAAAGUUUGUGAAGAAGGUGACGUUUGUUAAAGAUCUGUUGGGACUGUCACAUCUGGUGUCCCUGGAUGUCCUCCAUAUACCGGAUUGUAUACAGCAGUAA